CGUUCGGUGUUUCAGUGCAUGUACAACGGCCGGCCGGUGUGCAUGUUCGUUGCAACGGCGGUGGUGUUGUUUUCGAGGGCGAGAGAGCGGGUCCUCUUCGCGUGCGGAAAAACAUUUGCGUUUUCGCUCGCGCAAUUUUUGUUUUAUCGACGCGCACGCACAACAAUGCCAGAUAUUGUGCCGGUUGUGAGCCGGAGUUAACGUGACUCACGGACGACGUCGUCGAGGAGGUUUCUCCGGGGGGGGCUCGCGCUGUCGCUCUCUCGUUUCCACCCAGAUCUCGACCCCGGCGAGUUGCGGCACGCGAUCAUGGGGUUCGCGGGCCUGCCUCGAAGAAAAUCCGGCCGCGUUCUCCGCACGACGGGCGUUACCCCUCGGUGGCAGUUCGCCUUGUGUAAUAGCCGCUGCGAGUCGUCGCACGAGGAGAGCCAGACUCUCUUCGACCCGACGAAGUCAUUGAUCUUUCCGUCAUUUCCGUCGUGCAGCUGACAUGCGAUGCCGGCGCGGCGUUAACGCUAAGAGUGCGGGAAUAAAAUAAUAAUAAACGCGCGCGCGCGCCCGCGCCAACGAGAAUAUCGGGAGUGCAAAACUACAUGUAUGUAAAUCGAGGGGACGCAAUGAUGUGAGAGAAGAGAGAAAAAAAUAAGCGAAGAGGAGGCGCGCAAGAAGAAGACCAAGUUUACUUCUUCGGCGAAGUAGCGAGAAACGUGCGCGUAGAGCAGCAGGCAGUUUGACACACGCGAAGCUGGCGGCCCAAGCACGUGACAACAAUUUUCGCGGGUCUCGGACCCGCCGCCGGGCCAAUGGCGGGUCGCUUUCUAGCCGAGGCAGCGCCACUGGUAUGCAGUGCGGUCUGUGUGCCGUUGUCGCCAGUUUGUUCCGUCGGGCUAUGUGCAUCGCAGGCAGUCGGCGCGGCUCCGGGGAAUCCUGCUAUCAGGAAUUGGCCACCGAUGUGCAAGGCAGACGGCACUCACAGAUGGAGUCUGCGGACAUUGAGUUUGUCAAAGCGACUAAUAUUGCGGAGAGAAUGAAAAACGUUGUUCAGCCACAAGAGAGACGGAUUGCCGAGAUAACAGUGUACAGCGAGGAGCAGAACGCGGUGUUCGUACGUAUCUCUGACAGAGGAUUUCAUAAUUCCGGAACAUCCGCGACGUUGUCACAAGUCCGUGAUGAAUCCGCGACGAGACGUUUAUCAGACGCGGAUCAAAUCCUGCUGGAAAAUCUAGACGUCGGUCGAUGCAGGACCAGACACACCGGUCGAUUUUUGACGAUGCACAAACGACGACGUAAGAGACUCACCACAAGAUCGUUGAAUCAAGAGCGGGGUAUCUUGGACGACAUCUUCCACGGAUUGGUGCAGUGCGUGUUGCAAAGAGCUGGAAACUGGCGAUUCAACGCUUUCACGCUCGAAACACUUACGGGUGGUCGUUCCUUGCCGGUAUUGUGCGUCCAUCUUUUUCACUGGUACGGACUCUUGCAACACUUCAACUUGGAUGUGGUGACAGUGUGGAAGCUAUUCACUUUUAUCGAGGAGGGUUAUCAUAGUACAAAUCCUUACCACAACAGUAUACACGCUACGGAUGUCACACAGGCAAUGCAUUGUUUUCUCCAAGAAAACAAGAUUAAAAAACAUCUGACCAAUUUAGAAAUUAUGGCUUCCUUGAUAGCAGCUGUAACGCACGAUUUGGAUCAUCCGGGUGUGAAUCAGCCGUUUCUCGUCGCGACGAGUAAUCACUUGGCCGCGCUUUAUCAGAAUACCUCUGUUCUCGAAAACCAUCACUGGAGAUCAGCCAUAGGAUGUCUCUUAGAGAGCGGUGUCUCAGCGCAACUACCCGCUCACGUGAGACCGGAACUUCAACGGCACAUUAGCUCAUUGAUCUUGGCCACAGACAUCACGAGACAGCAAGAGUUUCUCACACGUUUCAGGGAUUAUUUGAGCAACGAUUCGCUCAAAAUGACAUGCGCGGAGGAUCGCCACUUCAUUCUGCAGAUCGCUCUAAAAUGCGCUGACAUUUCGAAUCCGUGCAGACCCUGGGACAUAUCGAAGAAGUGGUCCUACAAAGUUUGCGAGGAGUUCUUUAGACAGGGCGAUUACGAGCGUCGUUUGAAUCUUCCGGUCACGCCGUUAUGCGAUCGACACACCACCAGCAUCCCGAAAAUCCAGGCUGGCUUUUUCAAACACGUCGUCACUCCUCUCUACGUCGAAUGGCAUCGUUUUCUCGGUGACGGUCUGAGUACGUCAUUAAUGGAAUACCUGAAGGCUAAUCAGAAGAAAUGGGAGACUUUGAUCAAUCAGGAGGCGGCUGAGGAAACGGAGACCGAGAUUUCCGAGCUGGACGAGGCCGAAGCUAUCGCCAGUUCUGGCGAGGAAACCGGCGUCGAUGAGGAUUCGGGCAGCAUCGAUUUGCUAAUACCGGCGGCUUACGUGCAAUCAUCGCGCAUGCCGACACUGCCCGGACGAGUGGGACUAGAUUGCGUCGGCAGACGUCAUUCCGUACCUCUGAGCGCUCCGAAACCGUUGAGUUUACCCUCGCGCCAGUCUGUCAGGAGAGAAAGUCUGCCGAGUGAGCAGCUGAAGAUAAAAAAUCCUUUGUUGAAGCUAGAAGACGAGCAUCGAGAACCAAGCUCGUUGUCUUUGCUGUCCUCCAGAAACAGCAUGGUGGAAUCGCCGAAUGUCAGCACUUCCGAGAGACCGGUCAGUGCGGAAAAUCUUCUGCCCGAGCCGACUAUAGCCAGUAUCACCAGCAGCAGCGAAGCGACGAGAUUGAACGCGGUUUUGCAGUCGGACAACAUCAGUGUGCAAAGCGUGCCGAGCAAACAAUUGACGCGGCAGCAGACCUUCCCUCCUCUACAAUCGUCCGUGAGAACGAGAUACAUGUCAACGACCGCGGAAAUGUCGCAGUGUUACACGCAGAUGUUAAAGGAGACCGACAGUGCUCCCUCCAACUACUCGAUUCUCCCGAGAAACAAAUCGUGCUCCAGCGACCGAUGUUCGUCGGCUUCGUCGUCCCAGUGUGAUCCCGAUUUGUGCAAUCAAAAGACGUCACCGAAGAUUCUCUCGAGGGAAUUGCUGAUGGUGGAUUUACCUAUGAAGAGACGAGGCUCAACUCUGUCGGAUACGAUUAAACAGAAGCACGGCUCGGAUCGUCGCUUUUCCAUGCAAACCGUUCGCGCCGACGACACGCUUUUCAAGCACAAUCGGCACAAACGACCUUCCUCCGCUCAAGAUUCCGAUUCCAUGCAGAUGUUUUACGCUACGUUAACAGGAUCUCACAGUGACAAGAGCAAUCGCAUUUCCGAUACGGUUCUCGCGGAAUACAAGUCGGAUUCGGAUCGCAAUGUCGAACUUAAGUGUCGCGAUGUAAAAUCGACAAUCGAGGAAUCACAAACUAGUACCACUACGUUCAAACAGUCCGAACAGACGGAUCAAUGUACUUUAUCGACUAGUAACAUGUGUUCCGCACAAGAGCGAAGAUAUUCAACUCCCACGACAGAGUGCAAAACAGUAACGACUGACUACACAGGUAGACGGUACACUACGAUACCCGUGACCUCUGAGCUUAGCACUCACAAAGUGUUCUUUAUCGGUAGUCCCCCCGAUACGUCGCCACCCAAUCGUAGCGCGUCCUCCUCGAGUGAUAGUGGUAGUGAACUAAAACGAACUAUCGGUGAUUCGAGUAACGAAGCCGGUGUUAAACGAGAGUUAGAUUGCCUGAAGGACAAGAAUCCUAAAAUAGCAAAGAUGGAUUUCGACACGCGGAUGAAGGAGAACGUUGAUCCUCGCAACGACGACUUCGCUAAAGUAUUAACGUCUCGUAGAAGCAGUCAGGGAUGGGCAAGAAGACGCGGAUCAGCUCCGGUUGGUCUUCUAUCGAGAUUAGAUGACUACACUUCAGCGUCUGUAUCUACCAAAGUUGAUAUUUGUAGACGUGGAUCUGUACCCGUUGAUAUCGCCAAGCAAGGUGGAUCCUGCAACCGGUUCACCUUAGGUUCUCGGGGAGAUAAUUUUGCAGCUUUAAGAAGAGCUAGUCUUCCGCAAGAAACUACGUUAGGAAAUCUUCUGGGCAAUGUUCUUACUUUAACUAGCGAGCGUCAUAGCUUUUCAGUAAAUAAUAAUAACAAUAAUAACAAUAACACUAGUAGCGGCAACAACAAUGGCAUUAACAGGUUGUUCGACAACACCUUUUCUGGGAUGCUCUCGCCGAGACGGGGAUCGGUACCGGCAGACAUAUCUGAGUUGCGCCGCGAUCUGUUCACGCGAAACAAUGUAAAUAACAAGUCGCGAAAUCGCAAAAAAGUGUUGAAAAGACGAAGCAGCGGGGGUCCGGAAAUGUUUAUCGGAAUAUCGACUACCGAUGGGAACGACAACGGUACGUGGUUCAAGUGGAAGCGGGAAAUGGGAAAGCGCGAUCCCGUUCCCGAAACGUUCAUCAAGCGAAGAGGAUCCCUACCGAUAGAAAUGGCUGUUUCACAUGCUGGAUCAACAUCGGCGCCACGCAAAUCUAGCUUGUGGCGACUUUAGAACGCUAUGAAAAUACAUGAGGACCGUCCACACACAUACAUACCACCAGCAAUUAACAACAACGUCACAUCCACGAAAUAACAGUCUUUCUUCGCGUUAACAUCUCAUCGGCGUAUCGUUAUCGUUAGCGAUCAUUGAUUACUAAAAAAAAUAAAAACUUUCACAAUUGCCAAUGAAGACUUUCUUGUCGAUCUUAAGCGUACGUAGAUAAAUAGUAUUAUUAUUAUCAUCGAUUCGUUUCAAAUGUUAAAUAAUACAUAAUUGUGAGAAUAAGCCAAAACCUGCACUGGAACCACACGUUCAAUUAAUAGCAAAAGUACGAUACGUGUAAUUGUAAUAUCGUUAAGUAUUCGUAUCUAUCGUAGGCGAAACCAAAUUAAUCGGACAAUUCAUUUUAUAUUAAUAAUCGAAAAGACAUUUUUAAAUUAUAUUACACAUAUAUAGCGACAUAAAUAACGAGCAUCAAAAUGUUAAAGGUUCAAUGAACAUCGCAGUGGUGUUGGGAAAGAUGUCUGUCACGUGACUCAUUCCCUUCACACAAUAUUGAUCUCGAUCCAUCAGCAGUUCCUGAGCCAGACCAUUUCCCUAUCUAAGCUCAGAUCCGUCAUCCACACGCAGAUCGUUGAUUUGAUGUAUCUUUCCGAACGUCACUGCACAUCACAUUUAGCUAGGCUACAUCUCAAAAUAAGUGCCGCUUGAAAUAAUAAUUGCUAAACAUAGAAAUACUUCGAAAUCACUCCCAAUAAUCGUGAUUUUGACAUACGUUGCCAAGUUUGUAAUUCUAAGUAACUUUCACGAGAUCUUAGCCGUAACUCUCUCUUUCUCGAACGUUUCGCACUUUCGUCUGUUUCUACUUUCCUAUCGCGAGCUCUUCUUCUUUCACAAACUUUUUUUUACAUUUCGUCACGACUCUUUUCUAUACGCACCAUCUUCUCUCAUCUUUUUCGGAAAGUAAAACCUCACAGCUCGCACUCUCUGUUUGCCGCAGACCUCUAAUUGCGGACACAAAUCGUUGUAUUGAAUAUAAAACCGCUGUAUAUCAAUUGUUGUAAACUCAAUCUAGUCAGCGUCUCGUCUUUUGUAACGAGCGCGUUUAUUCGUGAUAAACCGCGCGUUUGGUAAUAAAUUAUGCAUGAGCGUGUUCUGCUCCGACGAGACAUUUGCGCGAUAACAUUCUCCGCAUACACACACAAUGAUAUCAAAAUUACUUCUUCAAGUGCGACGUAUCCACCACGGAUAGUUAAUAUCUACGAUGUGUACAUAUAUACUAUAAUAAUAAAAACAACUGAUAUAAAAGGAUAUUAGACGAAAUUAUAUUGAUAUUAGAAAACGCGCAUUAGAGCUAUUGGAGUUGUCAUAAAAACCAAUAUCUCGGGCCACUUUUGCUACCACACCUUGAAACGCACACUUUAGGCUAACACUUCACACAUCUUCUAAACCAGUUUGUAAUUCAGAACUUGUUAUAGUCUCGUCAUUUUGGUAUAUAUAUGCGUACGCACAUAAAAAAAAAAAAAAAAAAA